AUGAAACUGUUUUUGAUAGUUGUAAUCCUGUUGCGAGAAUGUCAAGGGGACGAGAACGAGGCCCGUUUGAUGCGACAUUUGAUGACAAACUAUGACGCUGCCGUUCGACCAGUUGAAAACUCUUCCCUGCCGCUGACCGUUAUUUUCGGGAUUUCGCUCCACCACAUAAUCGACGUGGACGAGAAAAACCAAAUUUUGACCACGAACUGCUGGAUAACGCAGGCCUGGAUCGACCACCACCUUCGCUGGAACGCCUCGGACUUUGCCGGAAUUAAAGUCAUCCGGAUCCCCUACACCCGCGUCUGGCGACCCGACUUGAUUCUCUACAACAACGCCGACCCUCAAUUUCAGUCAUCUGUAAUUAACACGAAUGUGAUAGUGUCGAGUUCCGGGGAGGUCCUGUGGCUGAGCCAUGGCAUAUACCGCUCGUCCUGCGACAUCAACGUGGAGUACUUUCCUUUUGACCUGCAAAGCUGCCACAUGAAGUGGGCCUCCUGGACUUACGACGGCUACCAGGUCGAGCUGGCCAAGCAGACCGAAGAGGGAGACGUCAGCAACUACCAAGCGAAUGGCGAAUUCGACUUGAUUAGUUUUUCCUCCGUGAAACAUAUCGAAUUUUACUCGUGUUGUCCCGAGCCUUAUCCCGAUAUAACCUACACCAUCAAACUAAAACGGCGCCCCCUUUUUUACGUUUUUAAUUUAAUCCUGCCCUGUAUCCUAAUCAACGGCAUAGCUCUCUUGGUCUUUUAUGUUCCUUCGGAAUCUGGCGAAAAAGUAACCCUCGGGAUAAGUGCCCUGCUCUCAAUGACAGUGUUCCUGAUGACGAUUCGGGAAACGCUGCCUCCGACUGAGAAAACACCGCUAAUUAGUAUGUACUACGGCGUGAGCAUCUGUCUUGUGUCGUUCGCUUCCGGUCUUUCGGUGGUCACCCUCAACAUAUAUCACCGAGGCGUUCGAGGCUCAGCAGUGCCCAAAAUCAUAAGAACGGUGGUUUUGGACAAGCUGGCACCUCUCGUUUUCAUGCGAUUCGAGACCAACAACCGACAUCGAAAUUCCCAAAUACAGUUGAUCUCAAUCGCAAAUUUCUGUUUCUUGUUCCUGAGCUCGUACAGCAUGUUGUCGAUUUCCUUCUCACUUUUGGGGAUGUUGACACAAUUGUCGAAAAACUGCUCCAGAACACUGGCCUCAAUCGAAUGCAUUGGCGUGUACCCGAAGAGGUCUCUCUCCGUCAAAGGCGCCCCCAUUGAUAAGAUACGUCAAGUUUUUCAUUUUGACCAACUGGUCCAAAAACUCCGACUCGUGCACGUCACUCUCACCGUUAACACCAAUCAAAGCCUCGUAGUUGAUCUCAAUCGCAAAUUUCUGUUUCUUGUUCCUGAGCUCGUACAGCAUGUUGUCGAUUUCCUUCUCACUUUUGGGGAUGUUGACACAAUUGUCGAAAAACUGCUCCAGAACACUGGCCUCAAUCGAAUGCAUUGGCGUGAGGUGUUUGACACAAGGAGUCAAGCCUUUGGCACAACACAACUGGAGGAGAGUACAGCUCGAGUAGGCUUCAGCUGGACCGUCGACAUCAUCAGCCUGGAAAUCAACCCACAAACAGGAACCAGACUGGACUGUCCGUGGCCUUGGACCGAUAAAAUGCCCCAAGAAGACGGUUACUGCCUGCAGCAGCGGCAGCAGCGGUCGCCCAGGUUCGUCCCAAGGCAUAGGGUGGAGGAUUUAGACGCUUUCGAGAACCAAAUCAUAAGAAUUUUGAACAAAGUUCACGCCAGUAUCGACAGAAACGAGCAGCGGCUCACUGAACAGGACAGAAGAGAGCUGACAGAACUGGAAUGGAAGCAGGCGUCAAUUGUCCUGGACCGGCUCUUACUGGCGGUGUUUCUCCUCAUCACUAUCAUCAGUACGACGACGAUAUUAUGCAGAAGUCCGGCAAACGACGCGGCCUCUUAG